AUGGCCAGAUUGCCUCUGCUAAGCAGCCAGCGCAGCGACCGUAGCCUGGUGGAGACCGGGGACCACAUCUUAUCGGCAGUCCCGGGCAUCCGGCUCGCCGGCAGCGGGGAGUUCAUGGGCGGCGUGCUUAGGGCCACGGGCUGCGUUGGGAUGUCGAUGACCAGGUUCUCCUUGCUGCGCCCGGAGGCUGAGCAGGUCGCGGCGGCGGCGCUAGCGCUGGCGAUAGGUGGCGGGGGCGUGGCCAGGCCGACGUUGGUGCCCUCGUCGUGGGUGCCCUAG